UCGCGCAGGGUUCCGUGGUGUCUUCCCUCUCCCCGCAAUCUCAAGGCCUGCGGUUUCGGCUCCGGUUCUAGGGUUUGGAUUGGAUUCCCCAACUCGAUCCCUCGACGACGCGAGGUGCGUGCGUACGCCCGCGUGGAUUCGGAUCCUCGUUGUCCCUCGAUUCGAUCCCUGGCCCUUCCAAAUCCGCUGUCUUGUGUGUGGCGGUCUCUCCAGGUUGUUCUUUUUUCGGUUUCGGUUUGUGCUGUGGUGAGCGGGGGAGAUGCCGCCGAAGGCUAGGAGGGGCGCCGCGGCGGCGUCGGCGGCGGCGGGGAGGAAGGGGCCAGGGACCAGGGGCAGGUUGGUGAAGGCGCAGGCGGCGGCCGUGGAGGAGCCGGCGCCCGUGGAGGAGGCGAAGGAGGUGCCCGCCGAGGAGGCGAAGGCUGCGGAGGAGGCCCCGAAGGUGGAGGAGCAGAAGCGCCAGCCGUCACCGCCACCGCACCAACCAGCCGCGGAGGAGAAGGCUCUGCCCGAUGCUGCAGCGAACGGCGCGAGCCACGGUGAAGAUGAGGGAACUACAAAAGAAUCAUAUGAAGAGGAUAAAGGUGAACGACUGGAGUUUGAGGAUGAGCCAGAAUAUGAAGAGGAGGCUGCUGUUGACUACGAUGAGAAAGACUUGGAGCAAUAUGAAGAGCAAUAUGAUGAUGUUGAUGAAGUGGUGGAAUAUACUGAAGAUGUGAUUGAAGAGGAGAUGGUAGACGAGGAACUUGAUGGUGGGGACGACGGCGAGGGGGAAGGAUAUGAAAAUGCCGAAGAAGAACAUAAUGUUGAUGUGGAGGAUGAAGAUCAUCAUGAAAUGGUGAAAGAGCACCGCAAGCGGAAGGAGUUUGAAGUUUUUGUUGGUGGGCUUGAUAAAGAUGCAACAGAAAGCGACCUUAGGAAGGUUUUUGGUGAAGUUGGUGAGAUCACUGAAGUUCGUUUGAUGAUGAAUCCUGUUACAAAGAAAAAUAAAGGCUUUGCCUUUCUGAGAUAUGCGACAGUAGAACAAGCAAGGCGGGCUGUGUCAGAGCUGAAGAAUCCGCUGGUGAGAGGCAAACAAUGUGGUGUCGCUCCUAGUCAUGACAACGAUACUCUUUUUGUCGGCAAUAUCUGCAAGACAUGGACUAAGGAGCAUUUGAAGGAGAAACUCAAGAGUUAUGGAGUUGAGAAUUUUGAUGAUCUACUAUUGGUUGAGGACAGCAAUAAUCCAGGAAUGAACCGUGGGUAUGCUUUACUUGAGUUUUCUACUCGCCCUGAAGCAAUGGAUGCUUUUAGGCGAUUGCAGAAGAGGGAUGUAGUUUUUGGAGUUGAUCGUAGUGCAAAGGUUUCCUUUGCUGAUUCUUAUCCUGAAGUUGACGAUGAAAUAAUGGCACAGGUUAGAACUGUAUUUAUUGAUGGCCUUCCUCCCUCAUGGGAUGAAGAUCGUCUCAAGAAGUACCUUAAAAAAUAUGGAGCUAUUGAGAAAGUUGAACUUGCCCGAAAUAUGCCAGCAGCCAAGAGAAAGGAUUUUGGGUUUGUUACUUUUGAUACACACGAUAAUGCUGUUGCAUGUGCUGAUGGGAUAUCUAAUUCUGAGAUUGGUGAAGGCGACAGCAAGGCAAAAGUGCGAGCCAGGUUAUCAAGACCACUGCAGAGACCUCCUAGAAUGAAGCAUGGAUUAAGAGGAAAUUUUAGGAUUGGGCAGGGUGCUUCUCGUGGUGGACGUUUUCCAUAUGAUCGUCCUCCACUUCGCCGGCCUCCACCUCGUCUUUCAAGACCUGAUGUUAGUCGCUUACCACCACCGGUCAGGGGCCGCCCACUGAAGAGGCCAGUAGAUAUUAGAGACAGGCGUCCUGUUGUGUCAAUACCAGAUAGAGUUAGGCGUUUGCCUCCACCAGAGAGAUCAUAUGAUAGAAGGCCUCCAGCUCUUGUGUAUCCCAAGAGAAGUCCAAGGAGAGAUUAUGGAAGGCGUGAUGAACUUCCUCCACCAAGGAGCAGAGCUACCUUUGGGGACUAUAGUUCAAGAGUUCCUGUGGAUAGACGCCCUUCUUAUAGGGAAGAUUAUUCACCCCGGGGGGCAGCCUAUUCGGACCUAGGUCCUCGUAAUGCUCCCCGUCUUUCGGAUAGGCGAGCAUAUGCUGAUGAUGGUUAUGGAGGGAAGAUUGACCGUCCUUUACCAACAUAUAGGGAGGGACGUGGUCGUGAUUAUGAUACAAUGUCUGGUUCAAAACGCUCAUAUGCUGAGAUGGAUGAUGUGCCACCUCGGUACCAUGACAUUAGUGUUCGUCAGUCUAAGGCACGCUUAGACUAUGACAUGGGUGGCAGCAGUGCCCGGCUUGGCCGAUCACAUGUGGGAUAUAGUGGUGGCAGAUCUGUCUCUGGUCAUGAUUCGGUGUACAGCAGUGGUCGUCAUGGCAUGAGUUAUGGAGGUUCUGCAAACAGUAGUGAUGCUGGUGGAAUGUACUCCUCAAAUUUUGGUGGUAGCUACAUGUCUCGUGGAUCUGACGUUGGCGGAAGUUCAUAUUCAUCACUUUACUCAGGCCGUAAUGCGGGUAGCAACAGUGGUUACUAUGGCGGUAGUGGUUCUAGUUCAUAUUACUGAGAUUUCGCAUCAUAUCGUCUUUGUGGAACAGACUUGGCACCAUAGGAGGUUGGUGUAGGCCCUGGAUUGUUUGGAGCUCCUUAAUUAAGGCCUACGGAUUUGGACAAGAAGUGGCAAUUGUGUGUGGGAGCUCUUGAAUAAGACAUGAUCAAAGAAGCCAGAAACACCGAGUUGGUUAAAGCAGUAGUCUUGUGGAUGUUCUGGCUAGUUUCUUUAAUGUAAGGCUUUGCUUUAUUUGGUCAAGAGUUGUGAACAUAAUUGCCACCUAUGGUAUCUUGUCAUCUUUACUUCCAGUGUUUCUAAACAUUUUUGAGAGAUAUGGAGUGUUUCAGUAAAGUAGUACUAUGAGGUAGUUCCCUGAAAUACAAGGUGCCUUGGAGAUAGUUAGCAUCUUGUGAUGUGCUGGCUGAAGAUCAGACUUACAAAUGAAGCCUUAGAAGUGGGCGCUUUGUGUAAGGCUGUUACUUCUGAAUCCGUUGGCAUCUGCACUCUGGUGGUUUGAUAAUUUGCUGAGUGAGGCAAAAAGAUGCUUGAUCAGACUGAAACUCUGGACUUGCUAUUUGUUAACUGCAGAAAAAAUGGAUUUGUUGGUUGCUGAAAUAGGGAGAAACCAUUUAUGUGGCUCAAGUAGUUCUUUCACCAAGCAAUUACUUAGCCCUUGCCAUAAUAAGUUUAAGAUAACAGAACUUGCAGUUACAGAACUGUGAGUAUGGCCUUGGAUUGCUGUUGUUGACUAGUAGCAGUAUAGAGUUCAGGGCACCGAGGCA